UGAUUUUUCAAAGCAUUAUUCACCCCAGAAAUACCUCAUAUUUCAUUGUCUCCUUAGUGAUUUCCAGGUCUUUGCCAAUCUCCCAGUAUCAGGAACGGUUGACAAAGUAACGUUGAAUAAGAUGCUGGUGUUCCCGCGUUGCGGAGUGAAAGACAUCAUUCGACGGAACGGAACAUCACAACAUUACAACUUCCAGGCUGUCGGAAAAUGGAAUAAAAAUGAUCUCACUUGGAACGUUUCCCGCUACCAUGCAUAUUUAGACAUCGAUCUUCAAAUGGAGACCAUCAACAAGGCAUUCCAGUAUUGGUCAAACGUGACAAAUCUAACCUUCAGACCACCACCGUUGGAAGAACCGGACAUUGACAUACAAUUCAUAAGAGAAGAACACGGAGACGGAAACCCUUUCGACGGCAGAGGAAGCAAUGCAGCUCAUGCCUUUUUCCCGGGCGAGAGUUCCAUCUCCGGUGAUGCACACUUCGACGAAGACGAAGAAUGGAGUCUAUACCAAAACGGGACGAAUCUAUUGGCCGUAGCAGUUCACGAAUUUGGUCAUUCGCUAGGACUGGGUCACUCUCGGUCACCUGGUUCAGUGAUGAGCCCAUUUUUUGAGGAAUUCAAUGAAAACUUCACCCUUCACGCCGACGAUAUUAAGGGCAUCCAGAGUCUAUACAAAAACGAUCCUCACAUGGAGAUUAAUAAUACUGUAACGUCCACUUCGACAAUCUCUUCGCUCACAAACAGUCUGAACAUUUCCACAAUUGCCGUAACGAGCGACCCAUUGGAAGAUUUGAACGGCACAAUCGCUGAGAUGACAUCGGAAACAUCGACUGCUGAAGGAACGAAAAACUCACACAGGAAACGUUGCCACGGUAAUACGAAGAACUGUAAAUCAGACAAAAAUAGGCGAAAGCACAACAAGAAGCAGAAGAAUAAAAGCAAGAAAGUGUCGAAGAAAUCAGAGAGGAGAAACACAGGGAGUGAUGAGGUCGAUGGGGAGUAUAACCAAGACAACGAAAACGGAACAAGUUAUUCUUUACUCAGGAAUGAAACAGGACACGUGAAGAAAAAGAUCUGCCACCUGAAGUUUGAUGCUGUAGUAGACGGACUCAAUAACAAGACCUAUGCGUUCCGAAACGAAUAUAUCUAUGAGGUGGCAUCCUUUAACAUCAAACGACGAAAAAUUAGAGCCCUUUUCCGGAAAGCACCAGCCAACGUCUCUUCUGCAGUGUUCCAUCCGGCCACGAAGGAAUUGCUCAUCUUCAAAGGGAAACACAUAUGGAAGUACAAUGGAAAGAAAUUGAAAAAGGGAUAUCCUAAAAAUAUCACGGAUCCGCGUUAUCGUGAACCGAGUGCGUCAGUUCUCUGGUACACUGGAUUGAUUCUUCAGUUCAAGGACGAUAUGUUCUGGUUCUUGGAUGAGAGAACCCUAACCCUAAGUGAUGGCUACCCUAAGUUCAGUGGGGUCUACUGGCCCAAUUUACCCCUUGAUGUAGACGCCGCUGUCUGGUACAAACAGAACAACAUCUAUUUCUUCAAAGAUACAAAUUACUACAAGUUGGACAUCGUUACACGGUCUAUAGAGAACGGUUACCCGCAAGAGAUAGCACCCUAUUGGUUGAACUGCCGCAAUAAAAAGAGAUCAAAGAAAGACUAAGCAGGGUUUUUUAAUGAACACAAAAUAAUAGCAAACUAAAGGCACCAGUGACUUUAUAUAUAAUCCCACGAAAUCGUUUACCAUGAUUGUUUCCCUUUUUAACACAUUUAAGUUUUGUCUCUCUCUGUUCAGAUUGAAAUUUCAGCAA